ACUGUAAUUUUUGUAGCUGAAACAAACUGUACACUAGUAUAUUAUGCUACCGAAGUUGAAUACAGUGAGGCUGCUCAAUACCAAUACUAUUUUACAAGCACUAAUAUCAAAUCGGUGGAUGAAUGUGCAGCUUUCUGUUACAAUCGAAAAUUCUGCCAUACCGCAGUAUACAACUAUUUUGCCUCGACAUGCUCGAUAAGCUAUGAUCGAGCAGUAAAUUGCCAAAUUCCCUAUAAAUUUUUGGAUAAUAACUCAUUUGACGUAUUAAGUGAAGCUCGUGAGCUCAGUCCACCUAAACUUUCAGUAGCAGAGCUUGGCAGAGAAGAUCAACGAGGCAAUAAUUUGGGGAAAUCAAAUUCUUUUAUCGAUACUGAACUCUCUAAAGAAUAUGGCUUUCAGAAGUUACCCGAAAAAUAUAUUAACAGAGAAAACGGGUACUUAUAUCGUGUGCAACUUGAAGACAUUAACGAAAAUUUGCGCAAUCAGAGUGAAGAACAUGAAAUACGACGGAAGGAAAACAAGAAGGAAAUUGAUGCUCGGCCCGGAAAUAGGAAUGAAAGUAAUUUAAUUAAUGUUUUCAUAUUAUUUUUUCAGGUAUUUUUUUCAACUUGUAGAUGUGCUUGUGCUAAGACAUGGAAGGAUGAAACUAAUUGUACGGUGAGAUGCAAAAGUUUUCAAUACAGUAACAGCAGACAGAACUGUAUUCUGAACAGUGCUGAUCAUACUGGAGACUUUGACCUUAUCUACACCUGGAAUAAUGAUUAUUAUUACAGAACAUGUGACAAAGAAGGUAUGUUUAUAUGCUUGCGAUUAAUAGCAAGCAGUUGUCAAGUUGAUGGUAUUGCUCCAGUCAGUGCAUUAGAAUUUGGAUCAGAAAACGAAGAAUGGAAUCGAAUUAUUAACGAAGAGAUUCAGAAGGAUCACACAACAAAAAAGAGAUCAACAACUGAUAAUCCUUCAACUUCGUCUAUAGUACUUAAUGAUACAAAUUUCUUACAUUGGUGGCAAAAUACGCGUCCAGCAGAAAUGUCUAAAAAAGCUUAUGCUAGCAUAGAAGAUGAAUUAUUCACAUCAGGUCCUUUGAGGAAAAAAAGCUGGGAUCAAAAAUCAUCAUUAAUAAACGUUACUUGGGAGUUAAAUUUAUCAAAAUUUUGGGUUAUUGAUGGAUACGUGUUGAAAGGCACAGCUGGAGGACUUGAACAAGAUGUCACGUUGGAAGAAUGCAAAUGUCAUUGCGUAAAUAGCCGAAUUAGUGGAAGAUAUUCGUUUCAAUGCAUGUCAGCAACGUAUUAUCACAAGGAACGUGAUUGCGUCUUGAAUUUACAAACACGGAAUGAUAUUUCUGAAAAAUUCCACCAACAGCACAAUGUCAGUUAUUUGGAAACGAUUUGUUCAGUAGGGAAUACGGAUGCUUGCUUUUUGGAAAUGCCCAAUCACGUACUCGAAGGUACAGCAUUUGCUGCUGAAACUAAUGCAUCCUUAAACGAAUGUAAAUGCUACUGUAUGAACUCUGAAAGACAGUACGGUGCUGCAUGCUACAGUGUUCAGUAUUACUUUAAUUCUAGGACCUGUUUACUGAACAAUAAUAACCCAAACAACUUCAGCUACUUGCCUGCAUCAACUUUACUGCACAGCUAUUUCGAUAGAACUUGUUUUGGGCAAAGUAAUGUUUUGAUCUCUUUUUUGACAUAG